CUGCGAACAAAAAAGAUCUCAAUACUUCCACACACACACUGCACAAAAGCAAAUAUUCCAUGGGAGCCAAGCUUUCCAGCUGUUUCAACCAGCGAGGCAGCCUCUCGCAGCAGGCGCACCAGCCGGCGCCAGUCAGGGUCAUCGCUGCCGACGGCUCGCUGAAGGAGUUCCCGGCCAGCCCCCGCGUCACCGUCUCCGACGUUCUCGGCGGCGAAGCUGCGUCCUUCUUCGUGUGCAACUCCGACGAGCUCUACUUCAACGAGCCCCCACCGUCCCUGGCCGCUGGCGAGCUGCUCCAGCCAGGGCAGAUAUACUUUGUGCUCCCGGCGGCGGCGUUCACGCGGCCGCUGUCGAGCGCCGACAUGGCCUCGCUCGCCGUGCGCGCGAGCUCGGCGCUCGCAGCCAGGCCACACCGGCGUGUCGGCAAGAACAAGAAGAUGCGCGUCGUGCCGGUACAAGAGGAGCCAGAAAACCGCGAGGACGUCCUGUUCAACGAGAAGCUUAACGAGCGGACGCUCGGGGAGUUCGCAGUGGCGACGAGUCCGGCCAAGAAGACCGACGAGAAGCAGAAGCUCGCCGCGCGGUCGCGGUUGAAGCUGAAGCGGGUUCUGAGUGUCAUUCAGGAGAUUGCUUAAUGAAGCAUUCCGGUUGAUUUAUUUGUUCCUUUUUCGAUCCAUUUUUUAGGCUUAAGCCUAGAUAUUGAAUUGGCUUUAGACCUUCAGUAGAUUCAGAAGAGAAAAGAACCUGAAUUCUGGGAAAGAGAGGUUGUAAAUAUCUCCCAGUACGUAGUAUGAUUCAGUGGGUGCAAAACUGCAGGAAUGCAAAAGGUUGCUUCUUUAGCUGUCAAUUACAGUACUAUAUUA